UUGCAGGAACUAAUGCAGCCAAUAUCUGGGGCCAAUGGAACAGCCAUUUCUGAGUUCAUCCUGCUGGGCUUGGUGGAGACACCAGGGCUGCGCCCAGCUGUCUUUGUACUCUUCCUCUUUGCCUACCUGCUCACAGUUGGGGGCAACCUCAGCAUCCUGGCAGCCAUCCUGGUGGAGCCCAGGCUCCACACCCCCAUGUACUUCUUCCUGGGGAACCUGUCAGUGCUGGACAUUGGCUGCAUCACCGUCACGGUCCCCUCAAUGUUGGGUCGCCUCCUGUCCCACAAGCGGACAGUUCCAUACGGAGCCUGCCUCACACAGCUCUUCUUCUUCCACCUCCUGGCAGGGGUGGACUGCUUCCUGCUGACAGCCAUGGCCUAUGACCGAUUCCUGGCCAUCUGCCGGCCCCUCACCUACAGCACCCGCAUGAGCCAGAUGGUCCAGAGGAUAUUGGUGGCCGUGUCCUGGGCUUGCGCCUUCACCAAUGCACUGACCCACACCGUAGCCAUAUCCACCCUCAACUUCUGUGGUCCCAAUGUGAUCAAUCACUUCUACUGCGACCUGCCCCAGCUCUUCCAGCUCUCCUGCUCCAGCACCCAGGUCAAUGAGCUGCUGCUGUUUGCUGUGGGCUUCAUAAUGGCAGGUGCUCCCAUGGCUCUCAUCGUCAUCUCCUAUGCCUAUGUGGCAGCCGCGGUUCUGCGCAUCCGCUCUGCCGAGGGCAGGAAGAAAGCCUUCUCCACGUGUGCCUCCCACCUCACGGUGGUGGGCAUCUUCUACGGGACUGGUAUUUUUAACUACAUGCGACUAGGUUCUGCUAAGCUUUCAGACAAGGAUAAAGCUGUUGGAAUUUUUAACACUGUCAUCAACCCCAUGCUGAAUCCAAUUAUCUACAGCCUGCGGAACCCUGACGUGCAGGGCGCCCUCUGGCAGGUGCUCAUGGGGAGGAGGUCACUGGCUUGA